UCGAUAAAUCUCAUGCACGGAUUGUCAGAUUGCGAAUAUCGUUCGUAAUUACAAAAAAGACGAAAAAUUUAUUGUGCUUUCGAUAAGUUUCGCUUUUCUGAACUGUUUAAUAAAAAAAUACUUCUCAUGGAUAUUAAACAAGAUUCUGCUAGAGAAACGUUGCAAGAAACUUCUAAUAAUGGAGGCGGUGAUACGCGAGCUAUACCAUGCCCGAUGAUGGAAUCUACAGACAAUGCAGCAGAAAAACCACCCCCUUAUCUUCCUCAACCAGGAGAUGAACUUCCGGCAAAACUGGAUGCACAGAUGGAUGCAAUUGGUCCAUGGGCAACAGGUCGCGUAAAAUAUACUCCGGAAGAUGGUUUAACAGGAGUUAGACCUGUUGCCGACCGAUAUUCGAUAACUCAAUUUGGAGCACCCCAAUGGAGAGCUAAUAAUAUGAGAUUCUUUCAACAAUCGAACGAAAAAAUUCAGGAUGCACAACUUGCUAUAAGCAAAGCGAGGCGCUGUGUCGAUCAAUCAUACAGAGAAGCGGAUAAAAUUCAACUCCAAUCGACGGAUCAUUUGAAAACUCGAGCAGGGUUGGUGUAUCGUUGGAAAAUCGAUCUGGAACACGUGUUAAAAGAUAUCACGGAAGAGAUAGAAUCAUUGGAGGCUGAACAUCGACGAGUAAAGCAAUCUUUAUCGGUCCUCACCAUUCCUGAAUCAAUCGCUGGAGAAUUUUUACAAUUGCGCUCCAAGCGAUUGGAAUCUGACCUUAUUCGCGAUGAAGUUGAAGAGGAACUUACAAAAGAAGUAGCCCUUUGUUCAGAAAUACGUGAUUUGCUUGGUAGAACCCGGGACCAAAUAGAAAUGCAAUUAACUGAAUUAAAAGCAGCUAAAGUCAGAUUAGAAGUCGAUUGGACCGAUAAAACUGAUGCUUAUGAUAUCGACGCUGAAUGUAUCAAACUGAAAAAUGACUCUCCUCUCAUAUUAUGGAAACCCGGAGCCACGAGAUUUCCAGGAGAACAAUCGACACCUUCGAGUUAUGAACAUUUCACUCGAGAAAGUUUAUCCCAGGGAGAAACAGCCAGACAGAGAUCUAUAAACUUAAGAUCCACCUUGGAUGCUAUAUACAAGAAUUCGAUAAAAGAUCUACGAGAUCAAGCGACUCGUGUAGAUGUAGCUCUAGGUGAAAAGAUUAAACUUACGGAGGAAGUGUGUCAACAAUUAGAAAAGGAAUUACUUCAUUGUUUGUACGAAUUGGCAAAUACGGAAAAAGCGAUAGAAGAGCUUCGUCGUUCAACACGAGGAUUAGAUUGCGCCAUGAAGGUAGCACAGACCCGAUUAGCGAACAGAUUACAACGACGUAACGUGGAAAGCUGUCGAGACACUCCUCAAUUCGCUCUCGUAGAUGAAGUGAAAUUGCUUAAUGAACGCACAUCGGCUAUGCUAGCAGAAUUAAAACGAGCCGAGGAGACUCAAGCGGGCUUAGUUAAAGCGAGAAGCGAUCUUGAACGAGAAAUAAUCGUGAAACGUAAAACGUUGUAUAUAGAUAAAGAACGUGGACAAAUGUUGCGUUCGUUUUAUCCUUCGGCCGCGGCUCUUUCAGGAUUUUAAUCAUUUUUCAAGGAGGUAUGAUAUACAAUACAAAAGA